UGGAGAUGAGGUCUCACUAUUUUGUCCACGCUGGUCUUGAACUCCUGAGCUCAAGCAGUCCUCCCACCUUGGCCUCCCAAAGUGCCGGUAUUACAGAUGUGAGCCACCAUGCUUGGCCCCAGGGCUAGUUCUUAAUGACCAUCUCUAGUAGGAAGAGCCACUCUGUGCUUUCCUUUUCCAUGAAGUUAGGAAAUCUGUCUGUGGGUUACUGAGAUGUUCAUGUCACUUAGAUCACCAUCUCCAAGAUAGGGACCUGGCUUCACAAUCCAGAGUUUUAAAUGGAGCCCAUACUGCAGACUUUGUUUAGUGAACUUUCUCACUUCCUGUCCUUGAACUUCUCCGUAGUAAUAAUCACAAUUGCUAUCAUUAAUGAGAGUUUAUUAUGUUCCAGGCAACAUAUCUAACAUUUAUUUAUUUUUUCCUCCUAUCUUCAUAACAAUAUUGUGAUGUAGAUGUUAUUAAUGACAUCUUUCAGAUGAGGAGACUGUGGCAAAGGGAGAUGAAUUAACUUGCUCAGAGUCACACUACCAGACUACAAACUCAGGUGCUUUUUAUUAUGCAGAAUACCCCCUGCAGACCUAAUCCUGCCCCAGGCUCUGAGGCCAGCUUUGUUUGCAGGGAGAUUUUAAGGAGGGUAUAUAAUUUAAGGUGUGGUAGAAAGAAUACUGGACUGGGAUGCUGGUUUGCUAGAUUGUCAUCUCAAUGACUCAUCCUGGGGCCUGGAUGAGUCAGCCUUUGUGUGUGGACCCUGGUUUUCUGACCCCUAAGAAGGAAGCUGGAGCUUGGUCUUCUCUAAAGCUAUACCUGGCCCUAACAUUUAGUGAUCUUCAUGGUUGUGAGUAAAAGUGUGCAUGUUUGCCUGUUCAGCAGCUGCUUUGUGCAGAACCUGCUGAGGUCAGCAGCUGCCCUGUACCUGUUCUAGCAUCAGACUCCUACAGGAAAAAGUCUCAAUUUAUGGAAUGUUCUGCUCUGCUGCCAUGUCCACGCAGAGACUUCGGAAUGAAGACUACCACGACUACAGCUCCACGGACGUGAGCCCCGAGGAGAGCCCGUCGGAAGGCCUCAACAACCUCUCCUCCCCGGGCUCCUACCAGCGCUUUGGUCAAAGCAACAGCACAACAUGGUUCCAGACCUUGAUCCACCUGUUAAAAGGCAACAUUGGCACAGGACUCCUGGGACUCCCUCUGGCGGUGAAAAAUGCAGGCAUCGUGAUGGGUCCCAUCAGCCUGCUGAUCAUAGGCAUCGUGGCCGUGCACUGCAUGGGUAUCCUGGUGAAAUGUGCUCACCACUUCUGCCGCAGGCUGAAUAAAUCCUUUGUGGAUUAUGGUGAUACUGUGAUGUAUGGACUAGAAUCCAGCCCCUGCUCCUGGCUCCGGAACCACGCACACUGGGGAAGACGUGUUGUGGACUUCUUCCUGAUUGUCACCCAGCUGGGAUUCUGCUGUGUCUAUUUUGUGUUUCUGGCUGACAACUUUAAACAGGUGAUAGAAGCGGCCAAUGGGACCACCAAUAACUGCCACAACAAUGAGACGGUGAUUCUGACGCCUACCAUGGACUCGCGACUCUACAUGCUCUCCUUCCUGCCCUUCCUGGUGCUGCUGGUUUUCAUCAGGAACCUCCGAGCCCUGUCCAUCUUCUCCCUGUUGGCCAACAUCACCAUGCUGGUCAGCUUGGUCAUGAUCUACCAGUUCAUUGUUCAGAGGAUCCCAGACCCCAGCCACCUCCCCUUGGUGGCCCCUUGGAAGACCUACCCUCUCUUCUUUGGCACAGCGAUUUUUUCAUUUGAAGGCAUUGGAAUGGUUCUGCCCCUGGAAAACAAAAUGAAGGAUCCUCGGAAGUUCCCACUCAUCCUGUACCUGGGCAUGGUCAUCGUCACCAUCCUCUACAUCAGCCUGGGGUGUCUGGGGUACCUGCAAUUUGGAGCUAAUAUCCAAGGCAGCAUAACCCUCAACCUGCCCAACUGCUGGUUGUACCAGUCAGUUAAGCUGCUGUACUCCAUCGGGAUCUUUUUCACCUACGCACUCCAGUUCUACGUCCCGGCUGAGAUCAUCAUCCCCUUCUUUGUGUCCCGAGCGCCCGAGCACUGUGAGUUAGUGGUGGACCUGUUUGUGCGCACAGUGCUUGUCUGCCUGACAUGCAUCUUGGCCAUCCUCAUCCCCCGCCUGGACCUGGUCAUCUCCCUGGUGGGCUCCGUGAGCAGCAGCGCCCUGGCCCUCAUCAUCCCACCGCUCCUGGAGGUCACCACCUUCUACUCAGAGGGCAUGAGCCCCCUCACCAUCUUUAAGGACGCCCUGAUCAGCAUCCUGGGCUUCGUGGGCUUUGUGGUGGGGACCUAUGAGGCUCUCUAUGAGCUGAUCCAGCCAAGCAAUGCUCCCAUCUUCAUCAAUUCCACCCGUGCCUUCAUAUAGGGAUCUGGGUUCGUCUCUGCAGCUGCCUACCCCUGCCCCAUGUGUCCCCCGUUACCUGUCCUCAGAGCCUCAGGUAUGGUCCAGGCUCUGAGGAAAGUCAGGGUUGCUGUGUGGGAACCCCUCUGCCUGGCACCUGGAUACCCUGGGCCAGGUAACCUGAGGGCAGGGGAGAGGUGGGGUGGCAGACACGCAGAAGUGCUACUAGUGACAGGGCUGCCAUCGCUCACUUAUACCUAUUUACACCCAGAACUUUCCAGCUCCCCCUCAUCAUGCCUCCUCCUUCCUACCUGCCUCCCCUCUGCUGGUGCACCUCGCCCAACUCAUUCUUACUGCACAGUUCACUUUAUUUAACAAUUUUCGUGUCCUCCACCUCAUGUUUUCACCUUUUCUGGGCCAGGCAUAGAUUAAGUAACUGGGAACGCCCCCUCUUUAUAAAGCUGGGCUUCUUUCUCAUCUCUCUCCCAAAUGUUGUAUCUCAGUAUUCUUCCUAUUCGAGUCUCCAGGGGGUGGCUGGACCUACCUGGUCAUUUGAAACAGGCCCCCAAGCUGGAGUUUUUAAUCUCGACUCUCUGGCUUGCUGUGACCCCUAAGGCAAUGCUUCUCUUCCCUGGAUUCCUUAGUGUGGGUCACAGUACUGUAUUCUUAGUUGCUUUAGCUCUUAAAACAUACGAAGUGUUGCCUAAACUGAAAAUAUUUAUCUUUUAUUUAAAAUCAGAUUUUUGUUUUUAGACUGUCUUAGAGGGGCUAUUACGAAUCACUUCUUCUUCAGUAAACUUUGACUCAACUUCUCCUGCUGAAAAGAAGCUCGCUCCAGAUGUCUGCAUGGGUCCUCGGCACUCUUGGCUGAGGACUCAAAGGUUUUAAUCAGGAUCGUCUAAAAAUGUACCUCGGUGAGGAGGCACAGAUUUUGCCUCCUGUUGACCAGCCUGGUUUCAUACCGAAAAGACAUUGAAGAAUUGCAGAAAUGUAUGGGUGCACCGGGCCGAGGGAAGGGUGGCUGAGUGAGAGGCGUAUAAAAUGGGGCUGUGUGCAUGCAGGCCCAUGUUUCAGCCUCAGCCCAUGCCAGGUGAAAGGAUCAGCAAUGUUCAGUUGCCAUCGUGCUGGGACGACACCAGCUCUAUUGCCACCAAUGAGUAGCUGAGGUCAGUGUGCACAGAGUUUGAAAUGAAGUUAAUAGACUUUACAGCAGCUGGUCUGACACUACGCGCAGUGCUUGGUUGUUUACAAUCAGUGGGGAAAAGGGCAGAACCAGUGCCCGGCCCCACACUGCCUCUGUGGCCUGGACUUUGAAAGGAACCACUGAACACUAAUUAUGAGCCCUGUCUUUCCCCCAGAAUGCCUCCCUGGGUUUCACAAACAGCCUUGAGGUUGGCCCUCCUCAAGGUCAGCCUUCAGAUUUGGGAGCAAACUUCAGAGAAGGCAGAGGAAGAUACAUUGCCUUGCUGUGGGCUGCCUCUUCUUUCCUCUUGGUAUGCGAAGUAUUUCAGAAGGCCAUUGAUGAAUUCCCCCUCUUUAGCUGUGUAUGUGUGCACAUGUGUGUGUACGUGCGUGUGUGUGUUCCUGUGUAAGUAACAGACCAGACUCCUUUUCUCUUCUGUCCCGUCACCAGGCUCUUGCUUCACUGCAGAUACAGUUCACUCUGAAAGCUGGUUGAAGGAGAGCAGCCAAAAUGUAUCAGGGGUUUUGCUUCUGUGUUUCGCCAAAGCUCAUAAGGGCUGUGACCCACCCAUAUGGCCCCAGUUUUUUCUGUCUCUUCUGUUCCAAAGCCAGGAGAGCUGACUUCAGGUGAAGGGAUGGGAAAAGUGGACUCUCAUUGUAGUGACUCCCAACCUACCUAAUAAUUUGUUAACUUAGGAAUAUGCUAUCAUUGUUGACUUGUUCUUCCUUAGAAGAAGGACGAUUUUCACCCACCCUUUCUGUUCUAUGGUGGACUCUUAACAGGUGCUAUGUGACCAAGAAUCUAGCUGGGAGUAGCAGAGGCCCUGUCUUCUGAAGUCUCAGGCUUAGAAGUUACCAAAGUGGGCUCAGAAACUGUCAUCUCCUGGUUCCAAGUUCGGGGUCUGGCAGCCCAGCCACUAUCUUAGCUGUCUUCCCCAGCGGUGCUAAGAGUGGUCUCAGUGAGAAGGUAGAUGCCAACUGGAGGGCCAGGCCUGUGUCCUGCCCAUGUCCUCCUUGGUGGACGUUUCUGUUUACUCAGAGCUGCUAGAGACCAUCCUGCCCAGCCGAUUUCUGAGAUUGGGACUGUGAUGUUGGGACCUGAGGACUGGAUGGUAGAAUACUGGGGUCCCCCAGCUCUUAGCAGGAUGCAGGCUAUUGCUUCCACACCCCUGGCCGUGAGAACAUGGUAUGUAGGAGAGUUGGCUGUAGCUUUAGGAUUUCUGGAAGCCAAUUUGGCAUGGCCUGUUUGAUCUCUGGCUUGUGCUCCUGCUACACUGACAGACUGAUUGUGUGGCUCUUUCAGAAGACCCAGGAAGGGCAGCUCCAGCCAGAGGACCUUCCUGGCUAUGCAGGUGCACAGCUCUUAGGCAUCAAGCAAAGGGUCAGCCAGUCAGUAGUAGUGGGAGGAAGCCCUUCCUCCUCUUAUGCAAGCAGCUCGCAGCCAGCCCAGAAUCUCUUAUGCAGCCCAAAGGGCUUCUUGAGGUAGAGAGCCCUCCCCAGUGUCUUCCCAGGAUAAGUAGAAAUAUAAUCACAGAGCAGCGGAGCAAAGGCUUUCGGGAGUGUGAGGCUGCAUCUGCUGGAGCAAAGGGAAACCGUGGGCUUUUCCGGCCAGAUACUCUUGAGCUCUGUGACCCUGCUCCUGUCACCCCAAUUUCUCCAAGCCAGAAGUAGCUUUCUCAGAGCCCCUUGGUGGUUCUGUCCUCCAAAUGCUGCUGUUGGGAGCGGGCUUCCAGCUCUCAGUGGGCAGUACACCUCCUCCUAAAUGCAGAUACUUGCUAGGAAGAGUGUGAGCUGGCAUCUUCUGUUCACUCUGCCUAGCAGUUGUCACCAUUCACAAGUGGCAUUAUUUAUGUUGUGCUGCUGUCCAGCUGCUAAGAUCCCUUCAUCUGCACAAGCCCUGGCUAGAUAUGUGUGAAUGUGUGGCAUCAUUUCACUUCAGCCGCCCAAUUCCAUCUCUCCUCUGCAGCCAGAUUCACUGGCUGAUGCUCACUGUUCACUGUCUAUCCCCACGAAACUUAGUUUUAUCAGUAGUCUUAAAGUGUUGAUCUCAAACAAGUACAUUAGAAAAAUCAUGUUUCUUCUCUCUCAUCUUACUUUUCUCUUCUCAGAUUUCUCCCUUCCUAGAACAUUAUCUCUGUUUAGCAUUAAUGUUCACCUCGUAUUUUUUGGAAGUGCAAAAAUCUCAAUUUGUAUCUGUUUACAGCUCUCUCUCCUCACUGCUCACAGCAAGGGGUUCUGUAUCAGUGGAUUUUAUUUUGUAGCUGCUGAGAUGUUAAGGCAAGCCUCAGCAUCUGCCCCCGCUGGGUCCACAAUGCUGCUUCCUCGAAGAGAAGACACAGAGUCCAAGUGGCAGGACUUGAGGUUGGCUUCCACUCUGCCUUAGAAGUUAAUUUUCCAAAGUACAUUACAAAUCUCUGAGGCCAUUAGGGGAAAAGGAAGGGGUGUGGUUUGUGUUUGAAAUUACGGUUAAUACUUUUAGACAGUAAGUCCGGCUGGUUGCAGGGCUAUUUGCCCCGACAGCAUCAGCCUGUAACAUUUCUUCUCUUUCCUUUGUGCCACUGAGUCGUUCCCUGGCCAGAGGACAUAAAUGGUGCUGAUAGGAGGUUAUCAGAGUAAGGAAGGUAGGAGAUAUAGGUGCAGGGUGCCUGUCAUUCACUGUGUUAUUUGGUUUAAAUCAAACUGAUUCUGGGGGAAGCUAUGUUCUUUCAGUGGAUAAUAAAAUUGGUAACUCUAUUGUAAAACAUGUCAAUGGUGUGUGAAGAAAAAUCAACCAAUCUGUAGGUGUUGAUAACUAGACAGUACUGUGUAUGUUACGUGCCUGUGUGGAUGUGCACUUCCAGCAUGGUAUGUGUAGCGAUGUGGAUCAUGCCAGAGUUCGUAGAUUCUGUUUUGGGGUUUGCACAUGGAUCAUAUGUUAAGCUUUUUCUUUUCAAUAAAUGAAUUUUAUUUUUAUUUUUGA